AUGAUACUGGGCGUGGAGGGCUGGGUCAGCCGAGUGAUGCUGGGCGCGGAGGGCUGUGGUACCGGGGAUGACGAGGGCGGGUUCCGGGGGGCGUCGAGGCGGCGGCUCGGCGGGGCGGCCCCGGCGGCAGCGGCGGCGGGGGAUGAUGCGGGAGCGACGGCCGGGGAGCGGCCGCCGGGCGCGCAGGGGCUGCGGAACCACGGCAACACCUGCUUCAUGAACGCCGUGGUGCAGUGCCUGAGCAACACGGCGCCGCUGGCCGAGCGCCUGGCGCUGGGCCGGUACCGCGCCCGCGGUGCCCGCGCCGAGGUCACGCACCGGCUGGCGGCCCUGAUCCGCGCGCUCUGGACCCGCGACUACAGCCCGCAGCUCUCCGCCGAGUUCAAGAACAUCGUCUCCAAGCACAGCUCGCAGUUCCGGGGCAACUCUCAGCACGACGCGCUCGAAUUCCUGCUCUGGCUGCUGGACCGAAUGCACGAGGACCUGGGCGCCGCCUCCCCCGCCCAGCAGAGCCGGGGCCCCACGCAGGUGGGUGGCCCCCCCUGCGGGGGAAGCAGCGGUGCCAGCAGGUCCUCCCCAAGCACCCAGCAGCCCCGUGGGCAGAGCUUCGUGCAGAGCCACUUCCAGGCCCAGUACAGGUCUUCCCUGACGUGCCCUCACUGCUUGAAGCAGAGCAACACCUUCGACCCCUUCUUGUGCAUCUCCCUGCCCAUCCCACUGCGCCAGACCAGGGCUCUGAACGUCACGCUGGUGCUGCAGUGCGAGCGCUGGCGCUUCGUGCGGGUGGGCCUGGCCGUGCCGCUGCUGGGCACCGUGGCGGACCUGCGGGCGAUGGUGGCGCGGGAGGGCCGCAUCCCCCCGGAGCAGGUGAUCCUGGCCGAGGUGUCCCCGCGGGGAUUCCUGCGCUCACUCUCCGACCCCGAGGCGCUGCGGGCGGCCGGCGAAGCCGGGCCCGUCUACGCCUUCCAGCCGCCGCCCGCCCGCCGCGCAGGGUGUCCCCGCAGCCUCCCCACGUCCCCCGCAGUGCCACGGCCGGAGGGGCCGCGCCUGCUGCCCAGCACUGCCCUCUCCUCUGACUGCCUGCACCGCGCACCCGGCGGCCGCAUCCUGCUGCUGCUCUGCAACACGGCGGGCACGGGGCCGCAGCUCACCAGGUUUGGGCCGCCACUGGUGCUGCGGGAGGAGCGCAGCGUCUCCUGGGAGCAGCUCCAGCAGAAUAUUCUGGCCCAGCUAAGGGGAGUCUUGCGGGGAGAGGUCCUGCCUCAGGGCACAGAAGCUCUUUUCCGGAUCCGCCUGGCAGGGGGCUCAGUCCCCUGCACCUACCUGUCCCCUCAGGAUCCUCGUCCCCUCUGCCACCCUGCCAUCGACAGGGCCCUGCAGCUGAGCGGGGCCGGGGGCCCUCCCCACGUAAGGCUGACGGUGGAGUGGGACAUGAGCACCAAAGAGCGGCUGUUCGGAAGCAUCCAGGAGGAGGUGGUGCAGGAUGCAGAGAGCGUGCGGCGGCAGCAGCAGGCGCACGGGCAGCAGCACAGCUGCACCCUGGACGAGUGCUUCCAGCUCUACACCAAGGAGGAGCAGCUGGCCCCGGACGAUGCCUGGCGCUGCCCGCACUGCAAAGUGCUCCAGCAGGGCACGGUGAAGCUCAGCUUGUGGACGCUGCCCGAGAUCCUCAUCAUCCACCUGAAGCGCUUCCGGCAGGUGGCUGAGCAGCGGCACAAGCUCACCACUCUGGUGAGGUUCCCACUGCGGGGGCUGGACAUGGCCCCGCACGUGGCACAGCGGGGCCAGCCCGGGGGGCAGCUCCUGGGUCGCUGGGCGCCCUGGCAGCCCCCCCUGCGCCUGCCCCCGGGCUGCCCCCGCGAGCACCUGUACGACCUGUACGCGGUCUGCAACCACCACGGCAGCAUGCAGGGCGGCCACUACACCGCGUUCUGCUGCAACGCCCUGGACGGGCGCUGGUACAGCUACGACGACAGCCGGGUGGAGGGGGUGCGCGAGUCCGAGGUGAGCACCCGCAGCGCCUACAUCCUGUUCUACCAGCGCCGCCGCGCCACCGGCUCCGGCACGGGCUCCGCAGCCUCCACGGGGCACUGGGUGUUCCGCCUGGCCGCCUCCGAACCCCGCGCCGACCUCCGCACCGACCCUGACCUCCGCACCGACCCCGACCCCUCGGGCUUUGUGGCCGCCCCGGAGAACGGUGAGGCUCAGGAUGCUCAGCCCCCGGUCCCCACCACGCUGCCCGCCCGCUCUGACCGUGAUUCUCCCGCAGGCGGGUUCGAGGCGCGGCCCCCGGUGCGGGGGCUGCAGGGGCUGCACGGGCGCAGCCUCAGCGUCCGCACCGCCCCCUCCGGACCCCCGGGACAGGGGGAGUCGGGCUCCCUCCGCGCCCCACGACGGCUCCGCCGGGCCGCCAGCGCCGAGGGGACCCCGCGCCGGCCGCCCCCGGGCCCCGGCAGCCCCGAGGCCGCGGUGCCUCAGGGGGACGCGGGUGUCCCCCCGGGCCGCUGUCCCUCCGGCCCCUCGGUGCUGGGCCGGUCGCGGAGCUCGGCCAGCCUUCCCCCCCGGCCCGAGGGGCGGCUGAGCAGAUCCGCCUCGCUGGGCAGGGGCGCGGGGGGGCCGCCCCUGGCCACCCGCGUUCCCCCCGGGGCCACCCUGCAGCGGGGCCGGCAGCCCCCCAGGCCCCUGCGCCCCCCGGCCGUGCCCGAGUCCAGCUUCUGA